UCAGGCGGGUCCUCACUUCAGCCUCGCAGUCGGUGUGGAAUUCAUCUCAGUUAUUCUACACAACACGGACUCAUCCAUACAGCUGCAGCGAUGCCUUGUGUUGAGACACAGUAUGGAGGUUACGAAAGCAACUGUUUCAACCCUGAUUUCUUGAGCUCAGGACUCUCCAACAAGCUAAGCGUGGACUUAAGUGUCCAGAGAGAGCAGCUGUCUCCAUCGUCACUGCCCAGCAUCAAUACUCUGGUGGGGAGCCAGUCAUCGGGCGAGCUGGACAUCUUCUCCUGCCAGUUUACUGCCUCUGUAUCAGCUGCUAUGAACACCAACACUCCCAGUGACAUUCACAGUUUCCUACUGGAAGGUUCAAGCCCACAUCAGUCUCCUGUAAAGCUGGAUGAUAUCCAGGUGUACGGCUGCUACCCAGGUCCUUUCGCACUCAGUUGCCUGGAUGAAACGAUGUCCUCCUGUGGCUCCGACUAUUAUCAAAGCCCUCUUUCAGGAGCGCCCUCUCCGUCUACCCCGGGGUUCCACAGCCACGCAGCUUCAGCCUGGGAAAGUGCCUUCAGUCCUUUUUCUUCCUGGCCAUCAGACAUCAACGGACUACAUCCUCAGCCGUCAUUUUUUACUUUCAACACUCCACUUGAGCAGCAGUCGCCACUUAGGGAUCACCAGCUACAACUUGGCGAGGACGAUGCUUUCGUUCAGGCAUCGCAACUUCACAACGCAUCUCCAUUGCAUUUCCAGGCUCUGGACCUGGAUCACGGGUGCUUGGGCAGUCCAGUUUUGAAAGAGGAGAGGGUCGAGUCUCUGUCAUCUUAUAAACCAAAGAGUCCUCACGAAGGCCACUGUGCAGUUUGUGGGGACAACGCAUCUUGUCAGCACUAUGGGGUUCGAACCUGCGAAGGGUGCAAAGGGUUUUUCAAGAGGACUGUCCAGAAAAACGCUAAAUAUGUCUGCCUCGCCAAUAAGGAAUGCCCGGUUGACAAGCGACGGCGCAACCGGUGCCAGUUCUGCCGUUUUCAGAAGUGCCUUGCAGUAGGAAUGGUCAAGGAAGUGGUACGAACGGACAGUCUAAAAGGCCGAAGAGGGCGUCUUCCAUCCAAGCCUAAGAAUCUUCCAGACAGUACAACACCUGUAAAUCUUACUGCCUCUCUCGUCAGGGCUCAUAUUGAUUCCAAUCCUGCGCUGGGAAGCCUUGACUACUCCAAGUAUCAGAAAGAUGUGAAAAGCAGGCCUGAAAAAGUCAACGCCAACGACAUCAAACAGUUUUAUGAUCUUCUUACUGGGACCAUGGAGGUUUUACAGAAAUGGGCUGAGGCUCUUCCUGGGUUCUGCAGUUUCUGCCGCGAGGACCAGGAGCUUCUGCUAGAGUCAGCAUUUGUUGAACUCUUCAUACUAAGAUUAGCUUUCAGAUCAAACCCCGAAGAAGACAAACUGAUCUUCUGUAAUGGUGUGGUGCUGCAUCGCAUGCAGUGCGUGCCAGGGUUUGGUGAUUGGAUCGAUUCUAUCAUGGACUUCUCCCAGAGUCUCCAUCGCAUGAGCUUGGAUGUAACAUUGUUCUCCUGCUUGGCAGCACUAGUCAUCAUCACAGACCGGCAUGGUCUAAAAGAACCGAAGCGUGUGGAAGAGCUUCAAAACCGCUUGAUCUCCAGUCUAAGGAAUCACAUCACCAGCAGCAGUGCAGACCACAGCAGAUCUCAUCCCAGUCUCUCUCGUUUACUAAGCAAGCUGCCAGAACUCAGGACUUUGUGCACUCAGGGACUCCAGCGCAUCUUCUACCUGAAGCUGGAAGACCUGGUGCCUCCACCACCCAUCGUAGAAAAGAUUUUUAUGGAUACACUUCCAUUCUAAGUUGGAAAAAAUGUGAUAGGAGGACCAGACCAUGGAUAGGAAUAAGGGGACAGACCUGCCGAAUCCACAAUAUCCCUGCUUCGUCACUUUCUCAGCGUUUUCACCAAACCCUUACAGACUGGCGUUCUGAUGAACGUGACUUUCCUGUUUGUGCUGUACUGCAUCGUUUUAUGGACGGAAAAAUAAAUAUUUUAGGAUUUAUAUGUUGGAUUAA